UCAGAGAUGAUGCUCUCUGCCACGAUGUCCCCCAGCUUUUCAGGGCUGCUCCUCGCCUGCCUGCUGCUCCCCUGCCUGACACAAGGCCAUCAGGAGGCCCCUGAACCCCCCUCUGCCAGGAGCUCCUGCCCCCAGGGCUUUGGCUUCCAUGGCUCCCACUGCUAUGGAAUAUUGGGUCCUGAGACCUGGAACACUGCCGAGCUGCUGUGCCAGGGCUACCCCUCGGGCCACCUGGGCUCCCUGCUCAAUGAGGCUGAGGCCACCUUCGUGGCCACCAUGAUCAAGGAGAACAAGGUUAAGGACCAAGUCUGGAUCGGUCUGCACGACCCCAACAAGAAUCGCAGAUGGAAAUGGAGCAGCAACGCCCUAUACCUCUACAAGGCCUGGGGGAAGGGCUUCCCAGCGAAGACUGAUCCUAACUACUGUGUGAGCCUGACUCCUGAGUCUGAAUUCCAGAACUGGAGAGAUGAAUCUUGUCAGAAUGAGCACCUCUACUUGUGCAAGUUCAAAGCCUAGAGGAGAAAGCAAAAGAAGAAGCUGGAAUUCAGCUGCUUGGAAACAAGCACAGCCAAGGAGAACUAUGGCCAUAAUGCCUCUGUCCUUCCAGAGCAUCUUCUUUUCUUCCUCCUUCCUCACACCAGCCCCUCUCCUCUUAUUAUCUGCCAUCUGUCUCCACUUCUCCUUUUCCAUUUCUUCUUUUCCUCUUACACUGAAUUCAUUGCUAACUUCCCCAGGGCCAUUUAUGCCAUUUACCACCAUUAAUUCAAAGUUAAUACAUAACCUGAAUAUAAAUGGUCACAAUGUUUUUAAAAAGUAGAAGAGAUCAAGUUUAAGUUCUCACAUAUACUGUGAGAGUUCUUAAUUAAAGAAUCAGGAGGAUCUCCAAAUGAAAAAUUUGGAUCACAUUGAAAUUGAAAAAUUAAGCUUGACAUUGAUAUAUGAAAUUCUGCUUUUUCCUGUAUUUUUGGGAAGGAGGAGACAGUUCUCUCCUUUGUGGACUCCUUCUCAUAGCCAUUGACUUAGGGAGGAUUCUCCUUCAGGUUCCUUCCUAUUGGGUUAUGUUUGUGAAUGUUAUGUCUUACAGACUCCUCUAAUGAUUUUGUAACUUUGAAUAAACUUCCUGAUCUGAGCCUCUGAAA